CUUGAAUGUAAACAAAUAAACGUGAAACCGCAUAAAACAAUGAAUUUUCGCCGGCCGGAGACGUGAUGAACCGACAAAACAGAUUGCGUCGACCGCCAGGCGUCUCUCCGGCCGCGACCUCUGACGUCACCGGGCGGCGAGUGGGCGUGUCCUGCAAACUGCAACCCGCACUACGCUGACGGGGGGCCUCGCCAGGGUCGUUGCUCAGGCCUCAGGUCGGUCGGACGGUCGAGAAGAGGAACAAGAUGCGGGUGGAGCGCGAGUAGGCGCGGCCGCCCCGAGCACCCCGGCCCGUCCAUCCUUCCAAUUCAGUUUUGCUUUGCUUGUCCCAGAGAAAGGUACUUAGAUUCGGCCGGCGCCGCGAGUUAGAAUGAAAAGCAGGACGGAGCGCCAGGGCCGGACGGGGCCUUCCACCAGCAUGAAGAUUUUUCGGUACGUCCGGUAUGUGAUCUCGACGGUGAUAAUGCUGGGGGUGGCCCCAGAAUUCAUUUUGAUCUGGGGCAUCUGGAAGGGCAUGUCGCUGGUGUUGCCGGCGUGGAUCUACCAAAUCGGAGACGACUUCUGCUACGGCACCUACCAAAAACUCGUGCUCUUCUUCUUCAACCACUGCAAUGGCGUCAAGGUCUAUUUCUACGGCGAUGCCCAGGAGGCUUUCAGGAAGAAGGAAACCGUGCUGUACUUGGGAAACCACCAGUCCACAGUUGACUGGAUUUUGACCAAUAUGGUUGCCGUGGAACAGGGCUCGAUAGGCCACUUGCGCUUUGUGAUGAAGCACGAGUUGCAGAUGAUUCCUCUCUACGGCUUUUACUUCCACCAGCACGGAUGCAUUUAUGUUAAAAGGGGACACUUCCAGCCUGCCAAAAUGCUUCAGAGUCUCAAAUACCUAAGGAACCCCAAGAUUCCGUCUUGGGUUGUGAUCUUCCCCGAAGGCACCCGUUACAACCCAGACGAUGGUAAGCGGAUCACCAAGUCCAGAGAGGUGGCUCGAGAAAACAGCAUCCAGGUGCUCGACUUCCACCUGACCCCCCGCAGCCGAGGUGCUUGGCUCGUUUUGGAAACAAUGAGAGAGAGAUUUGAAGCCGUCUACGACAUCACGGUCGGUUAUUCCGGCAACGAGUGUGGCAAAGGCUCAUUCGACACAGACAGAAACAAAACGCCCCAACUGAAAGAUUUCCUACUUGGACGGUGCAAGUCGGUGCACAUCCAUGUUAAUCGAAUCCCUAUGAGCAGUGUGCCUGCCGACGAGGAGAAAUUCCAGCAGUGGAUGCACCAAAUUUUCAUCAAGAAAGACAAGUUAAUGAAGCAGUUCUACAAUAGCUGCGAGCAGGAGGGCAAUGAACCCUUGACCUGGCCCAACAAGCACCUGCAGCGAGUGGGAUUCUGGCAGACGCUGCCGAGUUUUCUCUUUUUCGGCGCUGUGACCGUUCCCCUGCUGCUGACCAAAGUUGGUCACUCCAUUUACCUCAAAACCUUAUUCUACGGAACCCUGGGCGGAUACCUGUGGCUCGCCAUCUCGUCUGUUUGUUAGCAUUUGGGGUGCCCGCAACAUCUACUCUUAAGAAUUUAACCUAAUUGACGCCGUCGGCUGUUGAAGAUUGAUUUGAAAAUUCCUUUCAUUUAGAUGCACAGCAAGUAAUUCACUUUAUAUCUUCAGCACAAAAACGUGUACUUUUUGAUUUGGAAUAAUAUGAAUUGUUGAGAUGUCUGUUGAACCAACCCAAUUCCGGUUGUUCUGCUCAAUUACAUUCCUGUGUGCAAAAGAAAGUGAAAUUCAGCUUGAAAAUGAUAGAUUAUUUGCUCCUAGUCCGUGCAAAGCAAAGCUUUGGUAUAUUUGAUCAUAAUCGAAAGUCGAGCAAGAAAAACCACUGGAAAAUAGUGACAGAAGUAUUGAACAAUCCUGGAACAGCAGUUUAUUAUUUUGUGAUUAUUUUUGCUUCACUUUUAUUGAUUGCUCUCUUGAUUCAGCCUCAGAGGCAUGAAUUUGCACUCAAUUUUACCGAAUUAAUGGAGACGGAUGCUUUGGAUGAAUUAUGAAAAACUCGUGUGAUGAGAAACGUUGCAGGGCUUUGGUUACGUUCACAGCUAUAAUUUUACCUGUUUAUGUUCCUCAAAAGAUAAAUACCAAUCAAAUUCAGCAAGAAGAAUUUAUGAAUUAUUCAGCUUUUAUAUUUACAAAACUGUUUCGCUUUAAAAGUAAACCAUAUUUUGUUCCAUUAAUUUUAUGAAUCAAUUCUGUGAGCCCUUUGAUUUCCAUUCACCACUAUUGGUAAUCAUGAUAUUAUUAAAAUAUUGCGCCUAUUUAAAUGUGUGUCAUUUAUUCUUUUUAAUGAAUGAAAAUAAAUAUGCCAUUAAGAAACAA